AAGUGCAGAGAAACCACAUUAAAGCCGGCUUCUAUUUCUGAAGCUUGCAGAUUAAGCUGCAACGCGAAGCCAUGGAUCCGGACGCCGACGAGGUGGUGUUCGACGCCCCGGGCCACUUCCGCAUCUACAAGAGCGGCCGCAUAGAUCGUUUCCACCAACCAGUGCCCGUUGCCGCGGGCGUCGGCGACGAUGCCAGCGGCGUGGCAACCAAGGACGUCGUCAUCGACGCCGCCACCGGCCUCACCGUGCGCCUCUUCCUGCCCAAGCGCCAAGAACAACCUUCCAGCAAGAAGCUCCCCAUCCUCGUCUACUUCCACGGCGGCGGGUUCAUCCUCGAGUCCGCCAAGUCCCCCACGUACCACAACUACCUCACCUCCCUCGCCGCCGCGGCCGGUGUCCUCGCGGUGUCCGUCGACUACCGCCUCGCCCCCGAGCACCGGCUCCCCGCGGCCUACGACGACUGCUGGACCGCGCUCCAGUGGGCGGCGUCCGCGCGGGACGACUGGCUCGCCGAGCACGGCGACGCGUCCCGCGUCUUCGUCGCCGGCGACAGCGCCGGCGGCAACAUCGUGCACAACGUCCUGGUGAGGGCGUCGUCUGCGGAAAACGCGGCGAGGAUCGAGGGCGCGGUCCUGCUCCACCCGUUCUUCGGCGGGAGGACCGCCAUCGAGGGGGAGCCGGAGCGCGCGAUCGUGAUCACCGCGAAGAUUUGGGCGUCCGCAUGCCCCGACGCGGCCGACGGCGCGGACGACCCGAGGAUCAACCCGAGGAUCAACCCGCCGGGCGCGCCGGCGCUGGAGCGCCUCGGGUGCGAGCGGAUGCUGGUGUGCGCGGCGGAGAAGGACUGGCUGGUGACGAGGGGCCGCGCGUACUACGACGCCGUGGCGGCGAGCGCGUGGCCCGGGAGCGCGACGUGGCUGGAGACGGAAGGGGAGGAGCAUGUGUUCUUCCUGCUGAAGCCCGAGUGCGACAGGGCCAAGGCGCUCAUGGACCGCGUCGUGGCGUUCAUCGUCGGAGCAUGACUGCAUGAGCUGCCUCCGCGUUCAUGCAGCACGACCAAGUGUGUCUUGAUGGAAUGGCGACUGCUCGGACGGAAUAGGGGCGUAGCAAGCUGGAUAUCAAGCUAUCAGCAAUUCAGCAGCGGCCACGGUUCCCAUGCAUUCAAAAGAAAAACUAGAAUAAGAAGUUUUUUUUUCUAAAAAAAAUCCUUAAUGUUUGUGGCCUUUAGAUGUGCUUUGUAUGUGUGCUACAAUGUUGAGAUUUUCUUUUGUUAAGGCCAGUUUCAAUGGAAGUUUCAUGACAUUAAAUAUCAUCAAUUUUGCU